GCUCGCGUUUUCCGCUGCAUUUGGGUGAGAGAAUUUACGUAAAAGUUCCCAAUGUAAAGGCCUUUACAAGGAGUAAAAUUUAUCGAAUAAAACAUAUUAAGAAAGUGUUUGGAAACUCAAAUAAAAUAAAUAUUAAAACAGAGAAGCAUUGCCAGAGGAAAGCAUAAACGAAAAGCAUUGCUAGGACCACGAAAUAAUCCCAACAACCGUAUGCUGUGUUCGCGAGUGUGUGUAAUUCCGUUACGGGCCCUCUAAUUUCAUUGAUUGAUAACCGUUACGACUGUCGUCUAUCCGUUUAUGGCCCAAGGAAUUCCUCCAUUUCCAUUGAAAUCUGGGGGAAAAGCAGUGCGAAAAGUGUGACCAAAGUGCUAACGAAUUCAAUAAGUGAAGGCCGUAGUGUGGGACAUCUGCCCACCCACCCCAAUAUUACUGUGCGUGUGUCAGCUUGUAAAUUCAAGGAAUUUUCAAUUAAUUUUGAUCAAUCACACGCACACACAAAAGUCCAAUCAACUGAAAUCGACUAAAAUCAUAAUGAAGGAUUAAUUGAAACUCUUGAGAAUAUAUUUAGAGAGGUACUUGUAACAGCACUUCAAGGCAGCAGCACGAUAUAUGCACUCAUAUUUAUUGCAAUUAUUUGGCUCGAAAAAGAGCUAUGAUAUAAUUGGCAUCAAGCAGACAUCCCACUGGAGGACAGGACACUUCUCAGAACUCCCAUCCAGGAAGAAACCCCCUAAGUAGCCAAGAUGUGCAAUAAUUGGUGGUAACUCCGCACUCGCCGCACACAGGACAGCAAAUAAUUAUUGAACCCACGAACCGGAAGCAGCAGCAGCAGCAUCUGAUAGCAGCCGCACACAAAAUGGCUGGCCACACACAAACCACCGCAGCAACAGCAACCGCAGCAACCACAGCAACACGAAGGAGUAGACCCUGGCUGAGUGGAAUUCCUGGGCCGCUUGGGCUGCUACUUGUUGUAGUGCUGGUCCUGCCACAACCCAUACGGGCCUUCUGCCCCUCCAAAUGCCAGUGUUUGGGCGGUGAGGCCAAUAGCAGGGCCUUGUGCGUGGAUGCCGCCCUCGAGGAUGUGCCCAUCCAGCUGAAUCCCGAGACAAAGUAUAUCAAUCUGACGCUGAAUCGGAUACGCAACCUUGAGUUCUCGCUGCCGUUCUACAUGAAGCUGGAGAUACUCGAUCUAUCGCAGAACAUAAUCGAGACGCUGGGCUCCAAGAAUUUUGAAUACCAAUCGGAGCUGCGAACGCUUAACCUCAGCAGCAAUCUUGUGAGCUCCCUGCACAAGCACGCCUUCAAGGGAUUGACCAAUCUGCUGUUGCUCGACCUCAGCUACAACCGCAUCGAGACGGUGCAUCCGACAGCCCUCAGCGAUCUGGCGUCUCUGGUGGAGCUGGAUCUCACCAACAAUAAUAUUGUGAGUCUCGAGGAUAACUGCUUCAAGGGCAUGUCCACGCUGGAGGUGCUUGUGUUUCGCAACAAUCGCCUGCUUGAUGUGCCGGCCAGCAAUCUGUGGCAUCUGCAUGCCCUCAAGAGCCUGGACAUGUCCGACAAUCUGGUGGAGUUUGUGCGCAAUGACAGCUUUGAAGGGCUGAAGGAGCUGCUGGCCCUCAGUCUCAGGGGGAAUGUGAUGAGCGAGCUGGAUGCGAGCGCCUUCGAGGGACUCAUCUCGCUCAAGCAUUUGGAUCUGGCCGAUAAUAAUCUCACGAUGGUGCCCACCCAGCAGCUGGCGAAACUUUCGAAUCUCACCUAUUUGAACCUGGGAGGCAAUCGCUUUGCCCAACUGCCCGCCGUUGCAUUCCUCAACCUGUUUCAUUUACGCGAAUUGCACUUGAGCCGCCUCGACUAUUUGCAGCGCAUCGAUUCGAGAGCCUUUGUGGACAACACCCACCUACAGACGCUCCACCUGAACUACAAUCCGCAGCUGAGCGACAUACCGAUGCGCCUGUUCCAGGGUAAUCCCAACAUUCUGGAGGUCUACAUGCAGAGCAACAGCCUGCAGACGCUGUUCUCCGCCCAGUUUCCGGUGGAUCAGCUGCAGAAGCUCUAUUUGGGGGACAAUCCGCUGCAGUGCAACUGCUCGCUGCUGUGGCUCUGGCGUCUUGUUACCGGUAACUUUGAGGGCAUCGAUCCACCGCUAGAGCAUGCUGCGGGCGGUGCUGUGGCCGCCUUGGCCAAGGAGGACAACGAUGGGGGGGAGCAGGAGGCGGAUGAUGCCACCACUGCGGCCGUGGCAGAGGAUGGAGUGGCCGUUUUGGCCGCCUACAUAGCCGAACAGCACAUUGCCAAUGCGCUGCACACCACCGAACCGAGUGCUUACGAGCUGGCCACCUCCUCCGCGUCGUCAUCGAACCGCAACUCUGGGUAUCUGCGGAUGGACCGGCAGCAGAUCGGCUGCGACAUCUGGCGGGACACGGUGCGCACGCGACGUCAGCUGCUGUCCAUGAGCGAGGGCGAGAUCACCUGCCCCGCCCACAUUGUGACGGUGGUGUGUGCCGUCAUCACGUGCCUCCUGGUGGCAAUGAUCGGUGUGAGCGUCCUCUACUAUCUGCGCUUCGUAAAGCGCCGCAGGAAGCUGCUGCACGAGCGCGGACCCAUGCGCACCAGCAAGAGCAUCAUCAAUGUCCAUGACCGCAUCCUGCAGGGCCACCAGCCGCUGGGUGGCAACGGACUCGGCAUGGGCAUGGGCAUGAGCAUGACCCUGGGCGGCAGCAACGGCGGCAUGGGCAUGGCCAUGAAUUAUCCACACAAUGCCCAGACGCUGCAGGCGCACCAUCACUACCACCAGGCGAUGCCCCUACAGGCACACAACGCCGGGGGCAUGGGGGGUCAUGAAUAUCAGCAGGCGACGCUGCCGCAGCUGGACAAACUAGAGCUGGAGCGCUACCUGGCAGCCCAGACAAUUGCCAACGAGUACAGGGCCCUGAAGCCCUGGGAGCUGCCCGUCAAGGAGGCGGAUGACGAGCCGGAGCAUCUGUACGAGCGCUUCGAUCACUAUGAGUAUCCCGAUACUCAGACCAUGAGCAAGCUCAAGCAAGCGGCGUCUCUGUCCAAAUCAUCAGCUGGCGGAUCUCCUGUGCCACCAGCUGUGGCAUCGUCUGGGAAGCCGCAUGUCGUCUACGUAUGACGUGGACGUGGUGGCCAGGUCGAGACGGGCAUGGAAAUGGGUAUGGAAAUGGAAAUGGUGGGCCACAAUCUCACCAACAACAACUACAGGAGCUAUGUGCAGAGCCAGUUCUGAAAUGAGGGUGGAUCACUAGGAUCCUAUGAUGAUGAUGAUGAUGAUGCCAUUGAAACAGGGAAUGUGAGGUUAUGGUUUGUUUAAGGUUCGGUUCGAAUUUCUCAAAAAAAAAAAAAGGCAACAAAGUUUAACAAGCGUCAAAUGAAACAAGGGAUAAGAUAUGUCUAUGAAUACGAGUACUCAAACGACUAAAAAGAUACAAGAUAUACAUACUAAUCGAUAAGCUAUAAGGAAUACUCGUACUAAGGAAUACUAAGGAAUACGAAUACCAUUCAAAUCUCACACACACAAUUCAGCUCUCUAUCUCUCUAGCUAACCCUCUCUCAUAGUUAAUGGCAUUUAGCAUUCGCAUACUCUAGAUAGCAUUUUAGUGGAUAAGCUGGAUAAAUCCCUAAAAGUGAAUUUAAACAUAUACAUAUAUAUAUAAUGAUAUAUAGAUGUAAAAUGGUAAAUGAACAAGCUGAAGAAGGUUAUUCUGCAGUUACAGUUGUGCCAGCAGCGCCCCACGGUCGGCAGAUUUAAAACUAAAAUAUAUUUUGAGGAAUAAUACCUUAAAAUUAUAGAAAGCGAUAAAUAUUCUGCUGAAAUAAGGAAAUAAGGAAAAACAAACACAACUGUACCACUCUGAGGGAAUAGAUGCAUGAGAGGAUGCAUGGAUCUGAAUGAAAGAGCAUAGAUAUAAAUAACAUCUCGGUGUGGCAUUGAAAAUAACCCAAAUGGGGACCAAAUAGUCCAGUCCUGUCCAUUCUAGAACUAACUGAUAAUGAAACCAAUUUGCCAGAUCGGCUCUCGCCCUCUCUCUCUCUCUCCCCAUGUGUCUUUCCCAACACUUUCCUUCAGCAACAAAAAGAAACAUCUAAAGUGACAAUAUACAAAUACAUAAAGCAUAAAAAUAAAUAAAUUAUGAUAAUUCUAGAUGUAUUUUCUGUAUAACUAUAAAGAAUAAAUGUAAUCUAAGUGAGACAGAACUCAAAGUUGAAAGAAUUUGUAAAUAUCUACCACUACCAGAUACCCUCAGAUCCCCCAGAUACCACCACAUAUUAUUGUAAAUAAUUUAUGGAUGUUUUCCCAAAAGAAAAAAGCAGCAAUAAAUUGCCAAUAAAUUGUCAAUAUAUAUUUUUUGUUCAAAUCAAAACCAUCAUUCGUUUGAUGUUUUUUGCAUAUAAUAAUUUAAUUAAAUAGCAAAUAUGUAGACGGCAAAUUCCGUACAAAAUUUGCAUAAAAACACACACACACACACACACAAAAAUGGGGGGAAAAGCAAAUGUAUAAAUAAAUAUAAAUAUCUAUCAAAUAAAAUAGUAUAUACAUAUACCAAAUAGGCAGAAUCAAAAGGCAUAUAUGCAGACACAAGCUAAAUGCACUCCAAAAUGCAUUUUCGGAAAUAAAAUGGAAUAUACAUAAAUAUAAACUAAAAAUCACUGUGUGAACAGAACGGGGAGGGGAAACUGGAGCCUAACAUUAAAUACUAUACAUAUAAAUAUACGAGUAUAUGCAAAAAUAUUUAAUUAAAUAAUAGACACACCCACAACAACAAACAGCAACAAACAGAAAAAAAAUGUUAUUUCUUAUACGAAGACUGAAGAAAAUGAUGAUGCAAAUAAAAAUGAAAUGAAAAA